UAUCAUUUUUUUAAUCGACACUUAAAUUUUAUACGACAUAACUUCCUUUUAUUACGCACUUCAUCCUGACUUCUCCACUACAGCUGAGGCGGUGCACAGAGAGAUUUACCGAUACACCUACGAAGUACUACAAUCAUGUCGGGCAAAGUUGUGCUGCACUACAUCAAUGGGAGAGGGAAAAUGGAGUCAAUCCGUUGGCUUUUGGCGGCUGCAGAAGUCGAAUUUGAUGAGGUUUUUCUGACAACUCGUGACCAGUAUUUAAAACUGCUGAGUGAUGGAGCUCUCAUGUUUCAACAGGUUCCCAUGGUGGAUAUUGAUGGCAUGAAGCUUUUUCAGACAAAAGCAAUCUUGAAUUACAUCGCAGAGAAGUACAAUCUUCAUGGGAAAGAUAUCAAAGACCGUGUCAUGAUCAACAUGUACUCAGAGGGACUGAUGGAUCUCAUGGAAAUGAUCAUGAAGUUGCCCUUGAGUGCAGAUAUAGAGGCAAAAAUGGAGAACAUUCAGAGCAAAGCAAAGGAACGUUACCUUCCUGUGUUUGAAAAGGCGCUGACUGGGCCCAUUUACCUGGUGGGAGGUAAGCUAAGCUGUGCAGAUGUGCAGCUGCUUGAAUGCACCCUGAUGUUGGAGGAGAAAUUCCCUGGAAUCCUCGCUGGGUUUCCCAACGUCAAGUCUUUCCAGGGCAGGAUGACACAGAUUCCUGCCAUCAGCAGAUUCCUGCAGCCAGGCAGCAAGAGGAAGCCGCAGCCAGAUGAGAACUUCGCGAAGACUGUGGUGGAGGUGUUCAACAUCACAUUACCACUCCCGUGAACUCUGUACAUUCCUCACACCUGCAGUGUCAAUGGUUCACCAGUGCAUUGUUAGAGCACAGCACAUACGACAUGUGGAUCAGUUAUAUUUGCUGAUUAAUUUGAGAUUAAUACUGCACUAUGCAUCAUAAAUGUAAGCAUGAAAGAAAGCUCUGUAUGUUGACUUCUUGGAUGAUCUCCAGGUUGUUUUUUUUCUGUCAUAACAAAAAUCAUAUUAACUUUAAUCCUUUUUUUUUUUUUAAAGUUAAUGACAUGGCAUGUGAAUAGUGUAAUAGUGUAUGCAGGAAAUCCCCUGCCAACACAAACAAUAGCACCAUAUAUUUGUUAAUCUUAAGUGUAUGCCCACGCUAAUGUAAUAAGUUAAUAAAUAAAUUAAUAACAUUUGA